CAGUAGCUAAUGAUCGUAACAAACUGAAAUCAUUUGCUAAAAUAUUAUGUAAAACAAAAGACAUUCUCAGUAUGGCCAAUGAGUUAUUACAGGAUAUUGAGAAAACUAUCAUACCUGAAAGUGAGUCUGAGUGUAUUUAUGAUCUUCCAACCCCAGCAAUUGAAUCUACUUCAGGUAAUAUUUCAAGGCCUCAAACAGAUAUUCAGCUUUAUAUUACACAACUCUAUAAUGAUCGCUUUGAUGAGAUGAUAUGGGAUUAUGGGAUGUUUUAUAUUAAAAUUACUGGUUUAGUAUGCAAUAAGAUCACAGCAGAUCAACUUGAAGAUUUCAAAGAAUGCAUCAAUGCCUGUUGCUCUGACCUGAGCCAACAGCUGGCCAUUGCCACUACAGUAAAAGAUGUCAUGAAAGCCAUUAAAACCAUAUGCAAUGUCAUCAAUAUCACACCAGUGAAAAAAGUAGUCAAUUUCUACAGCAUAACAGAAGCUAAGCCAUUAAUAACCAAUUAUAAUGCAACAGUUGAUGAGUUUUGUCACACUUUCAAGCUCCAAUUCUUGCUCGAUAAAAAGCUUUCAACAAGUGAUUUUCUUGUUUGUGAAACAAUUGAGUUUGUUCUAGACUGGGAUCCUGCUGAGCACUUAUUGAAUGAUAUUCGUCGUUUAAUGGAGAAAGCAUUUCAAGGAUUGAGCAGAAGGAUCAUAGUCAAAAGCAUGCAUAAAGGGAACUCCAUCAUCAUCAUUUGUGGUGCUCCUACUCAUCUAAUGAAUGCUUUGCAAUUGAGGGCUCGUGAUAAUCUUACUGUGCUGCAAGAAGAAUUUGCUUUAAUGAGAUUGAAAAUAGGACACUGCAGUAUCUAUGACAGGACCAUCAGAAACAAAGAAAUGAAGAUUGUUGCAGGGGAGAUUGAAAUGUGCAAAGGAGAAUUAAUGAAGCUGAAUCCAUACCACAAUGACAAAGAAAGUCACCUUGACGAUCAGGCAAUGCAACUUAUACCUUUAAAACAGAAACAAGUAAUUUUAGAAUUCAUCGAUAGUAGCAAGCAGGCAUCAGGGUUUAAAUCUAAAGUCAAACAAAUUGAAAGAGAAAAGGCUGCAAGACAAAAAAUGCGAAUGUUAUUAAGAGAAACCGAACAUUUACAAUCUACUCUAAGAAUCAGAAUAAGUCAAAAGGAAGUACUACAAGACAAUGAAAAAGAAAUUGGGAAGCUACUUGAAAUGCAAUCUCCUUACAAUAAAGAAGUCAAAUCCACACAGACAGUGCUAUCAUUUAAUGGAUCCAUCUGUGAAGCUCAAAAUGAUUAUAAUGGCCUAGUUAUUUCAUUCAAAAAGGGUGAACUACUUCAGUUAAGUACAAAUGGACAUGAGGUACAAUCACUAGAGACUGGACAGAAGAGUGCUGUUCCAAUGAUAUACAUUGGAUACUCAAGAGUAGAACUACUUUACUUGUUUCAGUUUGCAAUUAAAAUGGAAAAGUUAUCAUUCAUACCUCACCUCUUUAAUGAUGAUGAGAAAGCAGAGCAUUUUAUUAAAAAAAUUACUGAAGAUCCAACUGUAUUACAUUUAGUAAGGAUGCAAACAUCACAGCAAAAUUGUAAGUUUUUUAUACCAUUGACUUUAGAGUGUCCCAAAUGGCCUAACUUGUUGGCCUCACCUAUGCGAGGAGAAGUACUUCAAGUUGUUAAAUAUCAUGAAGAUGAUGAAUGGUGGUAUAUGCAUUCACUUCAUACAGACAGUAAAGGCCGCGUCUCACUUAAAUACAUGAUACCAAUUGAAGGAGAACUCUUAAAAAUGCACAAGUACACCUAUUAUCAUAUGGUGAGUCGUGAUAAAGCAGAGAAGAAAAUGAGUCAAGCAGACACUCAAGCAGGUACUUUCCUAAUUAGAGAUAGUGAAAGCAAACCUGGACAGCAUGCCCUCUCACUUAAUGAUGGAUUUACUAUCAGAAACUACCGUAUAUACAUUGAGGAUAAUAAGUAUUACAUGAACCCUCGUGUCAAGUUUGACUCGCUCAAUGACCUGGUACAUCACUACAUGAUGAAAGCUAAUGGUCUGGCCUGCUCACUAACAGUUCCUAUGCCCAAACAAGUACAUACAAUCUGCAGAACCAUGGCAAUAAACAAAGAAUUGAAAAUUAAUAAGUCAAAAAUUACGUCUUUUAAAUGCUUGCAUGUAGGAAAGUUUGGAGAGAUAUGGAAGGGUGAUUGGAAAGGUAAAGGGACAGUUACCAUUAAGACAAAUAUAGCAACAAAUAUUACACAAGAAACAUUUAUUGAAGAAAUCAUUAAAUUGCAAAAACUUCAUCAUCAGAACAUCAUCAGUCUGUAUGGUGUUUGUAUUGAAAGCUAUCCUUUUUACAUUAUAACAGAACCAAUCAAUGGAAACCUCAAACAAUAUCUAAUUACAAAUAAUCCUACACCAGCAGAGUUGGUAGAUAUUGCUAUUCAAGUUACUGAAGGUAUGAUUUAUCUAGGAGAACAAGAUUACAUUCAUUGUGAUCUAAGAGCCAUCAAUAUACUAUUAGGAGAUCAUAACACUUUCAAGAUAGCAAACUUUCAUCUUGCUCAACACCUCAAUGGCAAUAAAUACUGGACUAUUGAGAAAGGAACUAAGCUAGCUAUAAGAUGGACAGCACCUGAAGGAUAUGCUUUAAACCAACUAAGUAUUAAAUCUGAUGUUUGGUCAUUUGGUAUAUUACUAUGGGAACUGGCUACCAAAGGAAAGGAACCAUAUCCUGGUAUGACUGAUAAAGAAGUAAAGGAGGCAGUAUCAAAAGGUUAUCAUAUGCCCAUACCCCAAGGUUGUCCUGAACCAUUUAUAAAACUUAUCAUAGACUGUGGGAAAUAUAAUGAUUAUGACAGGCCCAACUUUAAAAAUAUCUUUGAUCAGUUUGAUGCACCAGUACUUUUUAUUAAAACUAAUCAGUAUGAUGAUUUGUUAUUAUAG